AUGAUGCUAAUUUGCUUGGAAAAUGUGUUAGUGGUGGUUGAUUGUGAGAUUCCCACUUUUGCACAGCAAAGUGACCGGGACGCUAUUAGGGAUAUCUUGAGUGUCACGACCCAAAACCACCUUCUCCUUAGGUUAUGGAGCAUGACUGCUGUGGAGGCCAACAUGGAACCAAAUGUGUUGUCACCUAUUUACGUAGAAAUUGCUUACCUCCAUGAAAUUUCACUGGGUGGAAAAACUGUAGGGGGAUUCCAGCGUGCGAUGGUCAAAUCAAUGACCUUGGCUGCAAAGAUUCCACAUUUUCAUUAUGUAGAAGAGAUAAAUUGUGAUGCACUUGUGGGGCUUAAAGCUUCUUUUCAAAAUGCAAAUUCUGAUCCAGAUGUCAAGCACACUUUUCUUCCAGUCUUGAUAAAGUCGCUCUCAUUGGCAUUGAGUAGACAUCCGUUGCUAAACGGUUCCUUCAAUGAGGAAUUGCAUGAGGUCACCUUUAAAGGCUCCCACAAUAUUGGAAUUGCCAUGGCUACAUCAUAUGGUUUAGUUGUACCAAACAUAAAGAAGGUUCAGUCACUUUCGAUCUUGGAGAUAACAAAGGAACUGUCUCGGCUACAUCAGUUGGCUUCAGCUAACAAGCUUACUCCUGAUGAUAUAUCUGGUGGAACCAUAACUUUGAGCAAUAUUGGAGCAAUUGGUGGAAAGUUUGGAUCGCCCCUCGUCAAUUUGCCUGAAGUUGCCAUCAUUGCAAUUGGCCGAAUCCAGAAAGUUCCUCAUUUUGCUGAUGAGGGAAAUGUGUAUCCAGUGUCAGUCAUGACUGUAAACAUUGGUGCUGAUCAUAGAGUUCUGGACGGAGCAGCUGUUGCAAGAUUCUGUAAUGAGUGGAAGCUAUUUAUUGAAAAACCAGAGCUGCUCAUGUUGCAUAUGAGAUGA